GUCAAUUUUCAACGCUAGCUCCAAGACAUCCCACUCUCUAAUCCACGUGUCCCCUCUCUAUCUAUGGCUUCCCUUUCAAGAACAGAGUAGUAGAAGAAGAAGCUCCUCUGAGAAGAACCAACCCCACCACCAAAAAAAAAGAAAGAAAAGGAGGUUUUGGUGAAGAGAAAACAAGAAAAAUUUUCAGGGUUUUUACCCAAAGAGAGAAUCCGAUUGCUUGAUACUGGAGGUUUUGAAGAAGAGAUAUGUAUAUAGGGUCUGUGAGAAAAUCUUUCAAGGACUCUCUUAAAGUGCUUGAAGCUGAUAUUCAACAUGCUAAUACUCUGGCAUCAGAUAUUUCGAGGGAUUAUGACGGGGCCUGUCUUCAGAUGAGAAUGUCAUAUAGUCCAGCAGCACACCUGUUUCUUUUUCUUGUGCAGUGGACAGACUGCCAUCUUGCUGGUGCACUUGGACUGCUAAGGAUCCUAAUUUAUAAGGUUUAUGUGGAUGGCACAACCACCAUGACUACUCACGAAAGAAAAGCAAGUAUCAGGGAGUUCUAUGCUGUAAUAUAUCCCUCUUUAUUGCAACUUCAAAGAGGGGUCACUGACACAGAAGAUAAGAAACAGAAGGCGGUAUGCAUGGAAAGGUACCGAAGACGAGAUGAUGAGGAACAUAGGCAGCGUGCUGAUGCUGACAUUGAAAGAGAAGAAGAAUGUGGAAUUUGCAUGGAGAUGAAUAGCAAGAUUGUACUGCCCAACUGCCACCAUGCCAUGUGCUUGAAAUGUUACCGUGAAUGGCGAUCAAGAUCCCAGUCAUGCCCCUUCUGUCGUGACAGUCUCAAGAGAGUAAACUCUGGAGAUCUCUGGGUGUUUACUGACAGCAGGGACAUUGUGGACAUGGCAACGGUGACAAGAGAUAACCUAAGAAGGCUUUUUAUGUAUGUAGAUAAGCUGCCUCUGAUAAUUCCUGACAACCUUUUCGACACAUACGAUUCACACGUAAGAUAGGCGACAAGUAGAGCCCGCAAUCGCCAUCUCCCUGGUCUUUGGAUGAAUGGUACAGCUACCACCCCCCCCCCAAAAUAUAACAUAACCACGGAAAAUUCAGUAGGCAGAAUGUAGGCCACUUGGAGUUUCAGGGCUUUCUUCCCGCUUCUUGUCAGAAGAAAAUCCGACCUUGGUUAUCGCGGGUUGGUAGGUGAAGUUAAAGAUGGGCUUUAUAAAUCGUGUUUUAGCACAUUUGUACAUGCUUGUAUAGCCUGGAGCUCGCAUAUCAAAGCUCUGCAAUUUCCGUCCCACAUUCGUCUUGUGUCUGUGGGAGAAGAAAAAAGAUCUAUUCGUCUUGUUCCUCAAGCUGAAGACAGCUCGUAUGACGUAGCAAUGGAUCAA